UUGUGAAUUUGGUCUAUAAAUAGCGAAACUAUUUGACCCCUUUCUGUUAGACCGUUCGAAAAUUUCUGAAGGCUGUCGAGAACUUCAUGGCGGGAAGCGAUUCACAGAAGCCUCUCCUAACUUUGAUUCGCGAUUUCACCUCAGAAAAAUCUCAAGGAGAGCGAAGAAUUGUGAAUCAGAAGAAACGAAUCGAAGAACUAAGAUCUGAGCUGGAUGCAGCAAACGCGGAGCUUGUAGAGGCGAAGCGUGACAGAGAGAACACGGAUCGAGAGCUCAAAGGCCAUGAAGUAGAAUUAUCCAUGAACGAGGCUUCGCUUCAAGCGUUAGAGGCCAGGAAUGCUCUCAUUAACUCUGAUGUAUCAGCACUUGGUGGAAAAUUGGCAGAACUCAAGAGUGAAGAGAACUCCCUGCGGGAUGGUUUUAUUGCAAGAAUGCUUGAGCUAAAUGCAGAGAUAAGGAAAUUUCAAGAGUUUAUAGUUUCCUCUUCUUAUGUGGAUAAAUCUGCUCAGGCUACUCCUACCGGAGAAGCAGGACCAUUAAUCACACACAAGCAAGAUGGCGAACAAGCCAGAUUGGCUCUUAAGAAUGAACUUGCGCAAAUGGUGUUGCAUAGUGACCAGGAGGAACAACAGUACAAAGCUGAAAAAGAGAUGUGCAGCAUGCUCCAAGAAGAGCUUAGUAAUUUGAAAAGAAAAGCAAUGCUUCUGGAGUCAGUUAUAAAAGAAAGCAUGGAGCUGCAGGAGUUGAGCAAAUAUCCUUUAAGUUUUGUCUGUUGUUUAUUGACAUGGUUGGUGAUCACCGAAUCAGAAAACGGAACCAGACCCUGUGGCCUAUAUCCUGCGUUAAUCAAAGCCUUUUAACACAUUAACAGAUUCAAUUAAUGGGGUUAGAUUCAACCAACUCAGGUUUAAUGUAGUCAAGUUUGGAAAUUCUUACAGAGGAAACAAAGAUUAAUCUCUUCGCUUCUAGAAAUACCACACAAAAAUUGAUG